AUGCCAAGUCGCCAGCGAAAGCAGCCUGAGAACCGAAGAAGAACUGGCUGUUUCCAAUGCAAAGGUACUUGGUCAAAACGAUGUAAUCGAAUCCGAAAGCCACCAGUCUUGAAACUAGACGAUGACUUCACCGGCGUCCCUCUGGAAGAAUAUGUUGGAAGAUGGAUUUGGUUGAACACAACAUAUGACGAUUUUAUUGGGGGAGAAAAUGGUCGAACUCUGGACAUUUCAAGCGACGCCUUGCUUCAAAUCGACGGAAUCAAAGUCGAGAGCGGACGCUUCAUCCAGGGAAACAGUUCAGCGGACAGUCACUACCUGGAAAGACGACCAUUGGGAAACCCCUUCAGUCAUUAUACGUAUAGAGAGGGGUAUCUUCUUGACUACUUUAUUCAUGGAAUUGGGCCGAGUUGCUCGCUGAGCCGAUCGAACAAUCCGUACAUGUCCUUGGUUCCUCUACUGUCGCAUACGACGCUGAGGAACACCAUUCUUGCCGUUUCCGCCAACCAGCUCUUCCUGCUCGGUAAUGACGUAUGCUCUCAGGAAGAUUUCAUGUACAAGGAUAGAGCGCUCCAAGGACUACAAAAUGAAAUCAAAUCUUCCACGCUGGAAUUUGGAACGGUGGCUUCCAUCUUGAUGAUGUGUUUUCACGAUAUAACCGAUGGAACCGAUGGGUGUGCGUCUUCUUGGCUGUUCCAUCUGCGCAUCGGCAUGCAGAUGACAAGUCAACUUCCGGCAUACUCGGCGCAAGCAGAGUCUUUGAAGCGUUUCUUCAACAUGUAUUUUGUUGCACAUGAUAUCAUGAGCCGAACUGGCCGAACUCAGUGUGAAGGCCAGUGGGAUAACGAUGUUCCAUCUCAUGUUUGGUUAGAAAAUGACGAUCUUGACGAGAUCGACAAUACUAUUGGCUGUUCUCGCCAAUUGAUGUCACUUAUCAGCCAGAUAUCAUCUCUUACUCGGAAGAAAUCCAAGAUUAUCCCCUCCAAAGUUGAUAUUGAUUUCAUCUCCAGUUGUGAAGAAGUUGAAGCCGCACUCGAAAACCUUCAGCAGAAUUAUUCCGCACAUUCAUCCCCUACAGACAACUACAUUCUUCAAAUCGCAGAGAUCAAACGUUUAACUGCGCUGCUUUAUUUUAAUGAAAAUCUCGGAGAAUUCGUUUCUUUCAUACCGCCCCUCUACCGGAGCAUGUCAUUAACGCCUUCGUCAUCGUCGUCAUCGUUGUCGUCAUCCUCAUCUCUAAACAACACGUUAGGGGCCAAACAACGGCUCGUUUCUAGUAUUAUUGAGCUCAUAUCAGCUCUCCCCAAUCCUGACACGGCCAGUGUCCUCUGGCCUCUCUACGUGAUUGGAACUAGCAUGGCUCUUGAAGACGAGACUCAACGACGGUUUGUCCUCGAGCGACUACACAAUAUCCAGCAGACACGAAAUCUGGGCAGUGUGCGUGCUGCAAGAACGGCGGUGGAGCGUGCUUUUCGGACAAGAGAUCUUGAAUUACGUGAACAGCAGGGGAAGUGGGUUAUUAGUCUGGCUUGA